AUAAAAACAAUAAAGAAGAAGACGCAGACCAACACGUGCGAUUGUUUAUAGUGAAAUGGAAGCGGGUAUUUGCUAUAUAAAACCAGAAUACCUGGUAACUGAAGCCAAUAUCGGCAGUGAGGCGGUUAUAACCGAAAACAGCGAGACAAACAAGAGAAAACGCGAGGAUGGCGAGGAAAAAGUCGAGGGCGGCGGAAAAAAGAAGUGGGAUAAAAAGGAACGCAAGCGUGGACAAAACAAGAAUCGCCCAGUUUUCAAGGACGAACGAUACUCGCAUCUGUGUCACUCGCUGAUCGAUGGAACCGGUGGAGAACCCUGUUCCCUGGCCAACUGCCGCUAUGUGCACGAUCUGGACGCCUUUCUGGCCGCCAAGGGAGAAGAUCUUGGGCCCGAGUGCUAUGUGUACACCACCAAGGGCUAUUGUGCCCGCGGUGUAAGUUGUCGCUUCGCCAAGGCGCACACGAAUGAGCAGGGCAGGAACCUCAAGAGGGAGGACUACGACGAAAAGGCUCCUCCAACGACAUGCAAUGGAGUCAGUUCAGAUCUCCAAGUGCGCCUACGAAAACAUGAAUACGAUUUUAAGCGUAGCAAGGAGCUCAUUAAAUUGGCAGAAAAGCUAAGAGAUGAGCGAAAGCAAAGGGAGCAACAGGAGAAGGAGAAGUCUGUAGAGACUGCUGAGGAAAACCCAGCCAACGAAACCACCGACAAACUGGAGGAGGAGGAGCACACGGAUUCCAAGGAGCUGGAUAAGCCCACUGGUUGCGCCAUUGAUGACUCCACCGCCGGCAGAGAUGCUGACAAAAAGCCGGCCGUUGACUUCCGCGAGAAACUCGUCCUGUCUCCUCUGACCACGCUGGGCAACCUGCCCUUCCGGCGGAUCUGCAAGGAGUUCGGUGCGGACAUCACCUGCGGCGAGAUGGCCUGCGCCCAGCCGCUGCUCAAGGGCAUGGGUCAGGAGUGGGCUCUGACCAAGCGCCACCAGAGCGAGGACGUUUUCGGGGUGCAGCUGUGCGGAAAUAAUCCCAAUAUGCUUAACCAGGCGGCGCAGGUUAUCCAAGAGACCGCGCAGGUGGACUACAUCGAUCUGAAUAUAGGCUGCCCGAUUGAUCUGAUUUACCAGCAGGGAGGCGGCAGCGCUCUGAUGCGACGGACCAACAUCCUAGAGCUGACCGUGCGCAGUUGUGCCGCCCUGUCGGAUUGCCUGCCGUUCACCGUGAAGAUGCGCACAGGGAUCUAUGCGGACAAGAGUGUGGCGCACGAUCUGCUGCCGCUGGUCGAGGAGUGGGGCGCCUCGGCGGUCACACUGCAUGGAAGAUCCAGGGAGCAGCGCUACACCAAGCACGCCAACUGGACGUACAUCGAGGAGUGUGCCGCCAAGGCCAAGCGGAUGCCGGUGAUCGGCAAUGGCGAUAUACUCAGCUACGAGGAUUACGUGGAGCGCAGAACGCUGGCGCCGCACGUCAGUUCCGUGAUGAUUGGACGUGGAGCGUUGAUAAAGCCCUGGAUAUUCCAGGAGAUCAAGGAGAAGCAGGCCUGGUCUCCGUCGUCCGGCCAGCGCUACGAGAUGCUGCAGAAGUUCUGCAACUACGGACUGGAGCACUGGGGCUCGGACACCAAGGGUGUGGAGACCACACGGCGAUUCCUUCUCGAGUGGCAGUCCUUCUUGUACCGCUACAUACCCGAGGCGCUGCAGACGUCGCCACCGCAGAAGAUCAACGCCAGGCCGCAGAAAUACCGGGGACGUGACGAAAUGGAGACCCUGAUGAGUUCCGGCAACGCAGCCGACUGGGUUAAGCUUAGCGAAUCGCUUUUGGGUCCAGUGCCAGAUGGCUUCAGCUUUGUGCCGAAGCACAAGGCCAACGCGUUUUAGAAUUGUACUACUACUAUAUGUAUGUUUGUAAAGCUAUGCGUGAAGUAGCGACAUCAAUAUUGUUAGUUGUAAAUCACCUUUAUUGAUUGAAAUUGAUUAUUUUCAAAUUAAAUAUUUAAAAAAUUGUAA